AUGAGCUCUCCCUCAUCAUCUUCCAAAAGUAGCAGUCCUGCUCCAGAAAUCAAGGAGAAAAAGAGGAAACGGAAAGAGACUGUCCCCGCCGAGGAUAUCCCUGCUUCCAAAGUCCAGAAAACGAAACGCAAAAGAAAGGCCAUUGCCCCAGUCGAAGACAAAAUAGUGGAAGAAAACGACAGCGCACCCUCCUCAGAAGUGAAGAAAAUCGCACACAACAAAAACAGCGCGCCAUCAGACGACGAAGAAGAUAGUUCUCAAGGUCUAGGCGGUCCGGACUCAGAGAAAAAUGCAGUCAAGUCAGACGCUGAAGAUAUUCAGGAUUCAGAAGAACCUGUACUCUCUCAUGCAGAACGCAGAAGAAAAAAGAAGGAGGAAAAACUUGCCGCGAAAUUGGCAGAGGAAGGGAAGGCGUUGAAGAAACGCAAACUUAAGGAUGGUAGUGCCAAAGUGGUCGAUAACUCUGCUCCUACGAAACGGCAAAAUUCUGUUUGGGUUGGUAAUCUAUCGUUCAAAACUACCCAGGAGAACCUUAGGGCAUUUUUUGAUGGAGUUGGGGAGAUAACUCGAAUUAAUAUGCCCACAAAGGCUGUCGCAAACGGUCCUGGACAGAAACCUGAAAACCGCGGAUUUGCCUAUGUAGACUUUGCAACACCUGAUGCAAAGAUUACCGCUAUUGCCCUCUCAGAAAACCCUCUCCUUGGUCGGAAACUUCUGAUCAAAGAUGGAGAUGACUUUAAAGGUCGACCAGCCGCCAUAGGGGCAGAGAACGUCAUUUCAGACCCUGUAGUCGCACACAAAACACACUCCAAAACUGCGCAAAAGAUUCUUAGAGCACAAAAGCAGCCCCCCGCCCCUACUUUGUUCCUUGGAAACUUGGGGUUCGAUACCACCGAAGAUUCCAUUCGUGAACUCUUUGAAGCGCACCGGCCAGGUCAUAAAAAGGCAUCUAAAGAUACCCCCGAUGCAAAAGGAGAGGAUAAAAAACCUAAGGAUGCGUGGAUACGCAAAGUAAGGAUGGGCACUUUCGAAGACUCUGGCGCUUGUAAAGGCUUUGCGUUUGUCGAUUUCAUGACUGUUGACGACGCUACCUCAGCGCUCAUCAACCCAAAAAAUCACCACUUGAAUGGAAGAAAUUUAAAGGUCGAAUAUGCAGGUGCAGAUGCUGUUCGUCGAGGCGCCCCCAAAAAUAAACAGGUGGAUAACGCUCUCAGCCCAGGCAAACGCUCGUCUCGAAAAGAACGGCCCCAGCGGGAUGCUGACGAUUCAGCUGAACCCGCAUCCGACUGGAAUGGUGCUCCCAAGUCUUCUACAACAGAAAAUGCACAAACAGAUUCUACUCCAAAACAACAAUGGGUUAGCCAUAAAGAAAAACUGGCAGGUUCUGAAGGGGUCAGGCACAAAGGACCCAAAUCCCGUCCUAAACCGGGAGCGGCACUGGCGCUUGCAAAACGUGAAUCUGCAGCUAUCGUUCCCAACCAAGGUCAAAAAAUCACGUUCUAA